ACUUGUUGAUAUAAUGAUAACCAACGAACUCCUCCUCUCUCAACAGAAUAUUGAAAUUUGAGGCUCAUUUUAAGGCUCAAUUUCAUUUGCUAUUAACACUUAACAUACACUUUCAAAAACAAGAACGAGGGAGCAAUAUAGCCCAUCAACAACAAUACCAUUUUUGGAAAUCCAUUAAAGAGCACAUAAAAAAUGGCAGAAGGUGAGGAUAUUCAGCCCCUUGUCUGUGACAAUGGAACAGGAAUGGUUAAGGCUGGAUUUGCUGGAGAUGAUGCUCCUAGGGCUGUCUUCCCUAGCAUUGUGGGACGCCCUCGUCACACUGGUGUGAUGGUUGGCAUGGGCCAGAAAGAUGCCUAUGUUGGUGAUGAGGCUCAAUCCAAAAGGGGUAUUUUGACUUUGAAGUAUCCAAUUGAACACGGUAUUGUUAGCAACUGGGAUGAUAUGGAGAAGAUUUGGCAUCAUACCUUUUACAAUGAACUUCGUGUGGCUCCAGAAGAGCAUCCAGUUCUCCUCACAGAAGCUCCUCUUAACCCAAAAGCCAAUCGAGAAAAGAUGACUCAGAUCAUGUUUGAGACCUUUAACGCCCCUGCCAUGUAUGUCGCCAUUCAGGCCGUUCUUUCCCUCUAUGCCAGUGGACGUACAACUGGUAUUGUGCUGGACUCUGGAGAUGGUGUCAGCCACACAGUUCCCAUCUACGAAGGUUACGCCCUCCCACACGCAAUCCUGCGUCUUGAUCUGGCAGGACGUGAUCUCACAGAUCACCUCAUGAAGAUUCUCACAGAACGAGGCUACUCUUUCACCACCACGGCCGAGCGGGAAAUUGUCAGGGAUGUGAAGGAGAAGUUGGCUUACAUUGCUCUUGACUAUGAACAAGAAAUUGAAACAGCAAAGACCAGCUCAUCCGUGGAGAAGAGCUAUGAGCUUCCUGAUGGACAGGUUAUCACCAUAGGUGCUGAGCGAUUCCGCUGCCCAGAAGUGUUGUUCCAACCAUCAAUGAUCGGAAUGGAAGCUGCUGGUAUUCAUGAAACCACAUACAAUUCCAUCAUGAAGUGUGACGUUGAUAUCAGGAAGGAUCUUUAUGGAAAUAUCGUCCUCAGUGGUGGUACCACAAUGUUCCCCGGCAUUGCUGAUAGGAUGAGCAAGGAAAUUACAGCAUUAGCUCCAAGUAGCAUGAAGAUCAAGGUUGUUGCCCCGCCUGAGAGGAAGUACAGUGUCUGGAUCGGAGGAUCUAUUUUGGCCUCCCUCAGCACAUUCCAGCAGAUGUGGAUAGCUAAGGCAGAGUACGAUGAAUCUGGACCUUCGAUCGUUCACAGAAAAUGCUUCUAAAUACAGCAUGCUGAGAAAGAGAAGAAAUAUACAAACUUGCAUUUCGAGAGCAGUACCGCGUCAAUUCAUUGCAUAUAAUAUGCUUCUCACUUGUAUUUCCUUUUGAUUAUUUUUGUUUCUGUUCCUUCAUCUGAGUCAAUCUCAAAUAUUUGGUCAUUGGUAUUGAAAAAAAAAAAAAAAAGCAAGCAGUUCAUGUUUAAGUCAAUUUACCAUUAAUAUUUUUAUGUAGAAGAGUUGUAUGUCAAAAAUGAUGUUGUGAUUUGAAUUAUGGAUAAAGAGCUUGUUGAUUCAUUUUA